AUGACGUUCAACGAAAGAUUCCAGCUUGGCGAGCGAAUAGGAAGCGGACUUUGCAGUGAUGUAUACCAGGCUGUUGAUUUGGGUAGGAAUGGCGUUGUGGUGGCAGUUAAGGUGACGGACCAGGACGAUGACGUUCCUCCUCACAACAGCCGCAACGAGCUGAAGGCACUUUUGCGAUUGCGCGAGUUGUAUGGCGAAAAAACGCAAAAAGAGAACCACAUCGUGCAAUUGAUGGACUCGUAUCAAUAUAAUGGGCAAAUCAAGUUUGUUUUUGAGUUUUUCAAGUACGACUUGCAAGGGUUGGUGUUUGAGCAGUCACGCAAGAAGGUGGUUUUUGGGGAUCGUCGACAUUCGUUUUCCAGGGUCAACAGAGUUGGGGUUGAGCGGAGCACCGAGAUUGUUAAGGGGAUAGCUUUAGGAUUGAGCUUUAUUCAUUCAGCAGGUUUCAUCCAUAGAGACAUCAAGCCUGCAAAUAUCAUGUUCAAAGACCUCGAAUCGCCUCCAGUGAUCAUUGACUUUGGGAUCUCAUGGUGUGAGCCAGACAAUUACGGAAAGGAGCCCGAAGCGGCAAAAAUUACAGAUAUUGCUACAGGUAGAUACAAGGCUCCGGAAUUACUAUUUUCGGUGAGAAGAUACUCCAGUGCCGUUGACAUAUGGGCCUUGGGGAUCGUGGCGACCUUACUGUUCUCCAACGACUGCGAGCCAAUAUUUAUCCCAGACACCGAUCGUAGCGACCUGGCGUUGCUUGGGUCAAUUUUGGAAACUUUUGGAUCCCCUUCGCCUGAAAAGUGGCCAGAGGCGUGCGAGUCGUCUGCUUUUCAAGCGAUGUCCUUUAUCUCCUCUGAGCCUAAACCUGUUGGAGAGCUGUUGCCCAAGGCCAGUGAAAAUGAUGCCAUUUUGAAGGUGUUUCCAAAGAUGAUGGUGUAUGAGUCCAAAAGAAGAAUGACUGCGUUGCAGAUAUAUAAUGAGUUAUGA